AAAACAAAAUGGCAGUCGCGCUGGUCACGAGAGCAGGGUUGUGUGUUUUAAAUUUACCCAAUGGCUGCACCAUGUAAACACAAAAAAGAUAAUUAGGGCCAUCAGGACAUUUUUGUAAGCUUAAAGUGAAGAUGGCGCACGUUACUGUGGACUGGAUCCCCCUUGGAAAGGUGUAUUACAGAAAAAUUGAGUUAUAUAGCAUGGCCUGGCAAGAAGCUGUGGAUCUUUCUAAGUUUACAAUAAGUGCUGCUCCAUUUGGGGGUCCAAUAGCUCUGGUGAGUGAUGAUAAACAUUUUGUACGAGUCCAUGGAUCAUCUAUUAACAAGCCAGUUAUUCAUAUUUUUUCCUCUGCUGGAAAGGAACUUGCCUCUGUCAAGUGGGAUGCAGGCUCAAUUGUUCAGAUGGGUUGGUCUGUUACUGAAGAUCUUCUGUGUGUAGCUGAUGAUGGUACUGUUUUGGUUUAUGACAUUCAUGGUGCCAUCAAGAAAACUUUAACCAUGGGACAGGAUGCCAAGGAAUCAAAGGUUAUUGAUUGUAAAAUUUAUAGCUUUGCUGGACGGACAGGUAUAGCAGUACUGACUGGUAGCUACCACUUUUAUGUGGCCAACAAUGUGGAAGAGGUACGAAGUCGACGGUUUUUUGACCCCCCAGGGUUGGAUGCCCCACCAAGCAGCUGGGUGAUAAUGCCUCAUGAGAGAGGUUCUUCUUUGCUUGUGGCAAUUGAUCAUCUCCUUUACCUUACAGAAAAAAGUCAAUGUAACAGACAGGCUGUAAAUUUCAAGGAAGGACCAGUAAAUUCCAUUACAGAGAUGGCAGUAUCUUAUAACUGUGAAUACCUGGCAAUGUUCACAGAUACUGGAUUGCUAUGGAUUGGAUCUGCAGAUUUGGAGAAAGUCUACUGUGAGUACAGCACUGCUUGUCUUUCAAGACCCAAACAGCUGGCAUGGUGUGCCAUGGGUGCAGUCAUCUGUUACUGGGAAGAUUGUUUAGAUGUGAUUGGACCAACAAAAGACACUGUUCGAUAUCAUAUGGACAGCACAGUGCACUUGGUACAGGAAGUGGAUGGAGUGAGAAUUAUUGGCAAAGAGACUCAUGAACUGUUACAGAGAGUUCCUGCGGCCGUGGAGCAAGUGUUCAAAAUUGGUUCAAUGGAACCUGGGGCCAUGUUGUAUGAUGCAUCUAAAGAAUUUGAGAAAAAGAGUGCUAGAGCCGAGGAGUACAUUCGCAUGAUCAAGGAUCGACUUCCAGAAGCUGUACAGCAGUGCAUCCACGCAGCUGCAGGAGAGUAUGAGCCUGCAGUACAAAGAGGUCUUUUGAGGGCCGCGUCAUUUGGUAAAAGCUUCUUAACUGACACGUCUCCGCAGGCAUUCGUGACAAUGUGUAGAACUCUGAGAGUUUUAAAUGCUGUGCGGGACUACAUGGUCGGUGUGCCACUCACAUAUGGCCAACUGGAAAAGCUUAUAAUGAAAACCCUGAUCGACAGACUUGUUUUACGACGUCACUACUGUCUGGCCAUUCGGAUCUGCGAUUAUUUAAAGAUUCCUAAAGGGGAAGGAGCCAGUCGUAUUCUUGGACACUGGGCUUGUUAUAAAGUUCAACAAGCAAAUGUUGAUGACGAGGAGAUAGCUCGAGCCAUCAAUUCCAAACUCGGAGAGACCCCUGGGAUAUCCUACUCGGAGAUCGCGUCCAAAGCAGUGGACUGUGGGAGAACCCAUCUUGCUAUCAAGCUGCUGGACUAUGAAGCAAAGGCUGCUGAUCAAGUCCCACUGCUCAUGCGUAUGAAUAAAGAUGACUUAGCGCUUGACAAAGCGAUCAUGAGUGGUGACACAGACUUAGUUUACAUGGUUGUGAUGCAUUUAAAGGACAAUUUGACUUUGGGAGAGUUCCUGAUGGCCAUACGUCACAGGCGUGUAGCCCUCAGCCUCUACAUCAAGUAUUGUAAAGAACAAGACCGCCGCACACUCGUGGACUUGUUUUACCAAGACGAUCAGUUUCUGAACAGUGGCAACGCGUUUGUUCAAGACAGCUACAGCGAAAAGACGCUAGAAGCCAAGAAUAAAACGUUGUCGAAGGCGCAGAUGUCUUACCAGCAAGGGAACUUUACGUUUUAUGCAAAGGCAACAGAAGAACACAUAAAACUCAUGGAAUAUCAAGAUAAACUGAAGGAAAAGCACGGAAAGACGUUCAUGGAUAUGCCUUUAAGUGAUACCAUUUACCAGUGUGUACUUCUCGGAGACUUAAAGGCAGCCGAACAAUUGAGGAAAGAGUUUAAAGUUCCAGACAAAAGGUUCUACUGGCUGAAAGUUAGGGCACUUGCUGAAAAUAAAAGUUGGUUGGAACUAGACAGGUUUUCAAAAGCGAGAAAAUCUCCUAUAGGAUAUGAGCCAUUUUUCGAUGCUUGCCUUGAAUUCGACAACAGAAUCGAGGCAGAAAAAUACGUUCCUCGGGUUCUGCCAGAGAACAAAGUGGCCUGCUUUGUCAAACUUGGGAAAUUCGAAGAUGCGGCAGAAACGGCUUUUUCUCAGAAAAGCGAGGAGGGUCUGGAUCUAGUUCUUGGAAAAUGCGCAUCAUCAAAUCGAACGCUAGCCAAUCGUAUUCAGGAAAUGAAGGCUCAUUUACGCCAGAGGCGAUAACUUUUUAUGGAGCGCAAGAAAGCGACCGAAUAUUUAAUUUAGAAAGUUUUCAAUAAAAUGAAGCGAAAAAAUUAAAAAUAUUUAGGAAAAUUAGAUGUAAGACACUAAGGGCCGGUUAUUUCCACGAGAUCUGUUCGAAACCGAGGUUUUACGCAAUCAGUGGGUCUUACAAGGUCUACAUAAGAGGGUUGUUUUCAUCAAAUA